AUUCACAACAACAACAACAACACAAUGGCCAACCAUGCAGCUCAAAACCCUAUAUCUGUUUUCCUUAUGACCUUCCUCUUGCUAAUUACCAGCUCCAAAUCAGACUCAUUUUCUUUCAACUUCCCAAGUUUUGAGCCUGGUGUUAGAAACAUACUAGUCGGUGAUGAUGCCAAGACAACAGGUGGAGUGCUACAACUCACCAAAAAGGACCAAAGCGGAAACCCUACUCAACACAGCGUUGGCCUCUCAGCAUACUUUGGACCACUUCAUCUCUCCGACCGAAGAACCGGUAGAGUCGCGGACUUCGCCACCGAGUUUUCCUUCGUCGUGAACACAAAGGGUGCGCCACUCCACGGCGACGGCUUCACCUUCUUUCUUGCAUCAAUCGAUUAUGAAUUCCCGGACAAGUCAAGUGGUGGCUUCCUCGGACUCUUCAACAAAAAAACAGCCUUCAACACUUCCCUAAACCAAGUGGUUGCUGUUGAGUUUGAUAGCUUUGCAAAUGAAUGGGACCCUAAUUUUCCGGAGUCUGAUUCUCCUCACAUAGGAAUUGACAUCAACUCCAUUAGGUCUGUGGCAACUGCGCCAUGGCCACUUGAUAUUCAACCACAAGGAUCAAUAGGAAAGGCACAAAUAAGCUAUCAAUCUUCCUCCAAAAUAUUGAGUGUGUCGGUGGAUUAUCCAAAUAGUCCUGUCAAAUUAAAACCCACUGUGUUAUCGUAUCCCGUUAACUUAGGGGCUGUUCUGUCAGAAUGGGUCCUAAUCGGUUUCUCUGGAGCCACCGGUGACUUGGUUGAAACGCAUGACAUUCUUUCAUGGUCUUUCAAUUCCUUCUUGUAGAGCACAUGCGGGAGAAGAGAAAAGAAUAAAUUGCAUGCAUGUUGAGAGAAUGAUCGAUGCUCCUUUAUAGUUUGAUGGGUGUUGUUACUGAUGUGAUGUUUUCUAUUUCGGGUUUCCAUAAAAGGAAUUGGAUUAAAAUUUGAAUAAAGAUUAUCUUCCACUCA